GGCUGGCCCAGACCACGUUGAUGCUGUUGUGCCCACGCCGCCUCCCUCCUCCCCUUUUACUCCGGCGUUCCCCCAUUGCUUCUUCCAGUGAUGGCUAUGAGUACCGACCCGGGCUGCAGAAGGGACGACUCUGACCCUGACUCAAUGACCCCUGACCCCAGUAACCUCACCGCCAUGAUGGCCGCAGUCGCCAUGAAGACCACCGAGAUAGACGUCUCACCGGCCAAUGGCGUGAGGAACGGGGCUCAGCAGGACGGAGCUAAAAGGGGCCCUCCUUCGCGGGCGCACCUCUCAGGGAGGAAGCUGUCGCUACAGGAACGAGGGACGUACCCAUCAGAGGGGACUCACGUCUCCCCCCGUGUGGCACGCAGACCCACGGUGGAGUCCAAGCAGGUCUCCAUCUCAGAUGCAGAGGACUGUAUCCAGCUGAACCAGUACAAGCUGAAGAAUGAGAUCGGCAAGGGCUCCUACGGGGUUGUCAAACUGGUCUACAAUGACAAUGAUGACAAUCACUAUGCCAUGAAGGUGGUGUCCAAGAAGAAGCUGAUGAAGCAGUAUGGAUUUCCACGUCGCCCUCCUCCGAGAGGUCCCAAGGCUGCAGUCCAGGGGGAGCAGCCCAAAGUCCUAGGCCCCCUGGAGAGGGUGUACCAGGAGAUCGCCAUCCUCAAGAAGCUGGACCAUCUCAACAUAGUCAAACUGGUGGAGGUGUUGGAUGAUCCUGCAGAGGACAACCUUCACAUGGUGUUUGAUUUGAUGCCAAAAGGUCCAGUGAUGGAGGUCCCUACAGACAGCCCCUUCACUGAGGACCAGACACGCCUCUACUUCAGAGACAUCGUCUUGGGCAUGGAGUACUUGCACUACCAGAAGAUAGUCCACCGGGACAUCAAGCCUUCUAACCUGCUGCUGGGUGAUGACAGUCAUGUGAAGAUUGCCGACUUUGGGGUCAGUAACCAGUUUGAGGGCAACGAUGCCUUGCUCUCCUCCACGGCUGGGACUCCUGCCUUCAUGGCUCCAGAGACCCUGUCAGACAUCCGCCAGAGCUUCAGUGGCAAGGCGUUGGACGUAUGGGCCAUGGGAGUAACUCUCUACUGCUUUGUGUUUGGGAAGUGUCCGUUCAUUGAUGAAUACAUCCUGGUUCUACACAAUAAGAUCAGGACUAAAUGUGUGGAGUUCCCAGAGUCGCCAGAGAUUAGUGAAGAGCUGAAGACUCUGAUCCAGAGAAUGUUGGACAAGAACCCAGACACCAGGAUCACCAUACCUGAGAUCAAGUUGGACCCGUGGGUGACCCAGGAUGGUUGUGACCCCUUACCUCUAGAGGAGGAACACUGUACCGUGGUGGAGGUCACCGAGGAGGAGGUGCAGAACUCUGUCAAGUUUGUCCCCAGCCUUUCUGCCGUGAUCCUGGUUAAGGCCAUGCUGAGGAAGAGGUCGUUCGGUAACCCCUUUGAGUGUCCCAGAAGUAGAGAGGAGAGGUCCAUGUCUGCACCUGGCAACCUGUUAAUGGAUGUGUGGCCGUUCCGCCACUCUUUAAAACUCCACCCCUCUCUAAGGAAGGGCAGCAGUGGAGAGGGCAGUAGGGAGGGAGAGCUAGAAGACCUGGAUGAAGAUGAACCCUCUUCUCCAGUCAGCACGGCCCAGCUUAGCUCCACACAGGCGUCUGAGCCACCUCCUCCCCUUUAAGAACUACAUGCCAUUCCCCUUUAAACCCCCAUCUGUGCAUUGCCUCUCUCCCAUUAAAUAUAUAAUGCACUCCACUCUUAUGUUCCUGUCCCUCAUCUUCAUCCUUCCCUGAUCUCACCUCACUCCGUCAUCGUGUGUAAUUACCCAAAGAAACACAGAGAACUCCGACAGCACUGGAGACCGUACUCAUGGGUUGUUCACUGGUAAACUCAAGACUACUGGAAUCUCUACUGACUGUCUGUCUGUCUGUCUGUCUGUCUGUCUGUCUGUCUGUCUGUCUGUCUGUCUGUCUGUCUGUCUGUCUGUCUGUCGCCAUGAUGUCACUGUGAAGAAGAGGACUUGCGUUUUGUUUUGUUAUGUUUUGUUGUCACAAUCAAUGACGAACGUCAUCACCGUUCAGAGACUCUAUUGAGUCAUCCUUCACAGUCAAUGGACAAUAGGUUUUCCCUAACAGCCUCUUGAGGCAUCCUUCACAGUGAUGGACAAUAGGUUCCCUAACAGCCUCUUGAGGCAUCCUUCACAGUGAUGGACAAUAGGUUCCCUAACAGCCUCUUGAGGCAUCCUUCACAGUGAUGGACAAUAGGUUUUCCCUAACAGCCUCUUGAGGCAUCCUUCACAGUGAUGGACAAUAGGUUUUCCCUAACAGCCUCUUGAGGCAUCCUUCACAGUGAUGGACAAUAGGUUCCCUAACAGCCUCUUGAGGCAUCCUUCACAGUGAUGGACAAUAGGUUCCCUAACAGCCUCUUGAGGCAUCCUUCACAGUGAUGGACAAUAGGUUUUC